AUGAUCCUCUAGUCACUUCUAUCAUGAUCAACAAUUGUGAGGUGCAGCGUGUCCUUGUUGACACAAGGAGUGCACCCGACAUCAUGUACUUCCAUUGUUUUGAGAGUCUUGGGUUAGAUCCAGCUCUGUUGCAGUGGUAUGAUGGUCCCAUCUAUGGGUUCAACAACCAACCAGUUCCAGUUGAAGGAGUCCUCACCAUGAAUGUUGCAUUUGGAAGUGGCCGAAGUUAUGUGACCCCUUCCGUGAGGUUUUUAGUAGUCAAGAUAGCGUCCUCUUUCAACGGUGUCAUUGGCCGACCUACACUGAUUGAAAUCCGAGCUGUAGUUUCCCAGUCUCACCUCUGCAUGAAAUUCCCAACUCCUACGGGAAUAGCAACGCUGCGAGGCAACCAGGAGGUGGCCCGACAUUGCUAUAUCACCUCGGUCACACAACCUCAGAAGGGCAAAGACCAGACACCCGAGGUCAAUCCCAAACGGAUUCCUGACGAUCGGCAAGUUAUGGGUGUGGAGAUCAUUGGGACUAAAUUGAACCCAGAGGAAAGAGCAGAGCUAAUAGCUUUUCUUCGGGACAAUAAAGAUGUUUUCGCAUGGACUUCCGCAAAUAUGCCGGGAAUUCCCACUUCAGUUUCUCAACAUAAACUCAGCACCAAUCCACUCAAGAAACCCGUAGCCCAGAAGCGGCGCCUCUUUGGGGGAGAGAGGUUAACAGUUAUUAAAGAAGAAGUCGAGAAACUCCUACAAGCUGGCUUUGUCAGAAGGGUCGAUUACUGUGAGUGGGUCGCCAAUCCAGUGCUGGUGAAAAAAGCAAACGGUAAAUGGCGGAUGUGCAUCGAUUACACUAACCUCAACGAUGCAUGUCCAAAGGACUGUUACCCAAUGCCGAAUAUUGAUAAGUUGGUUGAGGCAACUUCGAGAAAUGAGAGGUUAAGUCUCUUGGAUGCAUAUUCAGGAUAUCACCAGGUGUCAAUGGCUCCAGAAGACGAAGAGAAAACCUCGUUCUAUGUCGGUGACGAAAUCUAUUGCUACGUGAUGAUGCCCUUCGGCCUGAAGAAUGCGGGUGCCACUUACCAGAAGAUGGUUACCAUCGUAUUCCGAGCUCAAAUAGGCCGGAAUCUGGAAGUAUAUGUUGAUGAUAUCGUAGUAAAAAGUUUGAAAGUUGUAGAUCACUUAAACGACCUCGAGGAGACAUUCAACAACCUCAGAAAGAACAGAAUGAGGCUGAAUCCAGCAAAGUGCAUCUUCAGCGUGGAGUCUGAAAAAUUUUUAAGCUUCAUGGUGUCCAGGAGGGGGAUCGAGGUUAACCCCGAAAAGAUCAAAGCAGUAGUCGAGAUGGAACCACCGAAGUCAGUGAAAGAUAUACAGAGGUUGACUGGAAGAGUGGCAGCUCUUCAUCGAUUCAUAUCGAAGUCAGCAGAUAAAUGCUUGCCAUUUUUCAAGAUUAUGAGCUCACCACCUCUACUAACUAAGGCCGUAGAUGGAGAGAUUCUUUAUUUGUAUCUGGGAAUUUCAGACGAAGCCAUUAGCUCGGUCCUGGUAAGAGAGGAAGCCAAACAGCAGAAGCCAAUCUAUUACAUCAGCAGUGUGCUGCAUGGAGCAGAGCUGAGGUACCCCCUUGCUGAGAAGGCAGCUUUAGCAGUUAGAUCUGCAAUCCGAGCUCAGGCACUGGCAGAUUUUAUUGUGGAAUGCACUCCAUGUCAUUCAACCCCCAAUCUAGAGCCCAACGAGUGGACCUUAUAUGUUGAUGGGGCAUCUAAUAGCAAAGGUUCAGGGGCUGGAGCUCUCUUGAUUGGCCCAGAUGGGUACCGAAGUGAACAUGCCCUGAAGUUCAACUUCGAUGCAACAAAUAACAUGGCUGAGUAUGAAGCUCUGCUACUUGGUUUACAACUAGCAUUGGAGUUGAAAAUCAGCGCAAUCCAGGUGUACAGUGACUCCCAGCUGGUGGUGAAUCAAGUCAACUCAAUAUGCGAAGUUGUCGAUCCGGUGAUGAUGAAGUAUGUAGCCCUUGUGGCCGAGCUGAAGUGCAGAUUUCAGAGAUCAGUUUUUGUGGAGGUCUUAGAUGCACCAAGCUUCACGAAGCUGCGGGUGAUGGAGAUCAGCAUAGAUCCAGGCACGCCAAGCUGGACUGACUCAAUUGUCUCCUUCCUACGAGACGGGAGAUCUUUCUCACUCCCUCUCCUACGGUGCUUAAAUCCCUAUGAAGCAGAGUAUGCACUCAGGGAGGUGCAUGAAGGUGUCUGCGGAAGUCACAUGGGGGCUCGAACUUUGGCUCAUAAAGUCCUUAGACAGGGUUAUUAUUGGCCCAACAUGUACAAGGAUGCCACUCACUUUGUUCAGAGAUGCUUGAAAUGCCAGUUCUUUGCGCACCUGACUCACCAGCCUGCAGAAGAGCUCACUACUCUGGUAGCACCAUGGCCAUUUGCUCAGUGGGGAUUGGAUCUUUUGGGCCCAUUCAUGAAGGGGGUUGGUGGUGUAACCCACUUGAUUGUUGGUGUAGAUUAUUUCACAAAGUGGGUUGAAGUUCGGCCGUUAUCUAGUCUUACUUCCAAGAAAGUUGAAGACUUUGUUUUCAGCUCAAUCAUCUGCAGAUAUGGGAUCCCGAAUCAGAUUGUGGCUGAUAAUGGAACUCAAUUUAACUGCACCUCUUUUCGAGAUUUCUGUUCCAGCUACAGGAUUAAACUGCAGUUCACCUCGGUUUAUCAUCCAGAGUCCAACGACAUGGUCGAAUCUGUUAACAAAUGCAUUUUAGAAAGUAUAAAGCCGAGAUUAGAACAGCAUAAGGCCAAAUGGGCAGACGAGCUCAACAAUGUUCUCUGGGCAUACAGAACCACGAGCCGAACCGCCACAGGCGAAACACCUUAUCAUCUGGCCUUCGGAACCGAAGCAGUCAUUCCUAUCGAGAUAGGAGUCUUGAGCUUCAAGGUUACCCAUUUCGAUGAAGGACGAAAUGGACAGUUGCUUCGAGAGAACCUCGAUCUGCUUGAUGACGUUAGAGAAGAAGCACGACUUCAAACUCUAGUCUACAAGCAGAAGAUAGCAAACUUCUACAACAAACGAGUUCGACCCCGAACAUUCAAUGUAGGAGACCUUGUUCUCAGGAAAGCUGGUCUAACGGGAUUCGAAACUCGAUUCGGAAAGUUAGCACCAAACUGGGAAGGCCCCUACACUGUCACCGAAGUGCCGCACCCAGGUGCUUAUAUCCUACGAGACACGGACGACAAAAGGGUUCCCAGAGUCUGAAAUGUCAAUAAUUUGAAGAAAUUUUACCCUUAAUGCAUCUCUUUCCAGUAAACUUUGUCUCAUUUUUAUAUUCGUUGUUAUUCUAUUUGCUCGAUGUGUGUCUGAACUCAAUUCAUUUAUCUCAAUAAUGGGUGUCACUUCAC